AUGUACGCCGCUCAGAAUAUAACGCCAACAGUUUUGGAUGCCAUGAACGGAAAUGUUUCCGAAUGGUAUAACGAAUGCGACAAUGCCAUUAGAAGGUCAGAAAUAGUUCCUGGAACUUACGAAUAUACAACUGCUGUUUCUUAUGGAAACGUAGGUGAGUUUGGAGAAGGUUCUUCAACAACAGUAGAUAUUGCUUGCGACAGGUUUCAUAUUAUUUCUAUUGACAACUCAUUCUUAUACGUGGAACAAGACAUUGAAAUAAAACCUUCUGCCAAGUUGUCUGACAAGAAAGGUUGCAAUGGAAUUUUCUAUGUCGGAUACCAAUAUGCUCCAGAAGUUUUCAUGGGAUAUAAGAUAUAUUCUAACUCUGACUUAGUUCAAACAGUAACAUGGGCAAACUAUGAAUGGUUCGCUUUGAGAAACUCAGUACAACCACAAGCUAGAGAACAAACAGACCAGUAUGCAACUAUUGAGAAAAUAAGAAGACUUGACCCUAACGUUCCAGGAGUUUAU